GGAUUUUGGUUCAUGUCUCUGAUGGGGAUCAGGUGCAUCUCAGGAUGCAGAUUUUACUGGGUCGACCCAAUGACCCAAUACCCAAAACUGAAAAUUUGGUGUAAUUAUCCAUUGAGCCGGGCCAUAAAAUUUUAGUGUCAAUUGGUGCCAAAAAGGCUGGGUCAACCAACUCAAUCCCAUCUUAUCGUCACCUUCCCGUUCCCCCUCCGACGUCCCCGUCCCCAUCGCGACUCGCCGCCGCGCCUGGUGUGCGUUGGCCGCCGCCGCGUCCCGCGCCGUCGUCGAGGGAGGAGGAGCGCGAAGGCGGGCAAUGGCGAAGGGCGGGCUGGGGAAGCUCCGGUGCAUGAUGAGGAGGUGGCACUCGUCCAGCCGCAUCGCCCGCGCGCUGUCGCCCGGCGAGGACGGCGGCGACGCCCGGGGCGCGUCGUUCCACGGCGCUGCGGAUGAGGUGCCCAAGGGCCUGCACCCGAUCUACGUCGGCAGGUCGCGCCGCCGGUACCUUGUCGCCGAGGAGCUCGUGGGCCACCCGCUGUUCCAGACCCUCGUCCACCGCGCCGGCGGCGCCGCCGAGGCCGGCUGCACCGUCGUCGGCUGCGAGGUCGUCCUCUUUGAGCACCUCCUGUGGAUGCUGGAGAACGCGGACCCGCAGCCCGAGUCCCUCGACGAGUUCGUCGAGUACUACGCAUGCUGACCGCGGCUGCGAGCCACCGGCCACCGCGCCGGCCGGCCCGGCCGCCGGAGUCGGGAUCGGGAGCCCCUCGAAUCUCCCAGCCGCGGCGGCGAAUCGCUUUGCAAUUCCUGUGUCCUGAGCCGUAGGAUUAGAGUAGGGGAAGCCAUUGUUAAUCACCGUGCUGUGCAGCUCGCGGACGCUGCUCUUCCGGCUCCGUUGAUUCGAUUCGAUUCGAUUGCCUCGCCCCCGUCCCCAACCCAGAAUGUUGCUACAGUUGCAUGAUCCAGAGUGUACGUUUGUGAUU